AUGCCCAUCUUGGGCAUCACGUCUGACUAUUGCGCUUCCCACAAUCUGCGGUCAGAGCUCCUUGGAACCCCAGCACACACACAUCUGAAGCUCACAUGUAAAACAAAGGUGCUCCACCAAGUAGACCCCAGACUCCUAGGGUCCUCUACUGGGGAGGUAUUUCUUCAGAUGGUGUCCUCACCCUGCAGCGUGCAUUCUGAUGUGUCCGAUAGGUUCAGCUGCAGCCUUGCAGCACAUGAACAAGGCAUCAAAACUCCAGGCUCAGUCCGAGGUUUUGUGCCAAUGAACACUUCAACUGAAGGUUCACUGGCGCUGGGCAAGGGUACAGUCUACACCUCAGAACCUGAAGUCAGAGUAGCAGAGAAUAACCCAAUCAAGUUGCCCUGCACCUACUCUGGCUUCAGCAAUCCCCGUGUGGAAUGGAAGUUUGCCCAAGGUACAACCACCAGUCUUGUCUGCUAUAACAGCAGGAUCACAGCUUCCUAUGAGGAUCGAGUCACCUUCUCACCGAGCGGCAUCACCUUCCGUUCCGUGACCCGGGAAGACACUGGGACGUACACAUGCAUGGUCUCUGAGGAUGAUGGCAACAGCUAUGGGGAGGUCACCAUCCAGCUCAUUGUGCUUGUACCUCCAUCCAAGCCUACAGUCAACAUUCCCUCCUCCGCCACCAUUGGGAACCGGGUGGUACUGACCUGCUCAGAACAAGAUGGUUCCCCACCCUCUGAAUACACCUGGUUCAAGGAUGGGAUGCUGAUGCCUACAGAUCCCAAGAACAACCGCGCCUUCAUCAACUCUUCCUAUACUCUGAACCAAAAGUCAGGGGAGCUGGCCUUUGAUCCAGUGUCAGCCUUCGAUACUGGAGAAUACAGCUGUCAGGCACAGAAUGGAUUCGGGACACCGGUGAUGUCAGAUGCUGUGCGCAUGGAAGCUGUGGCGCUGAAUGUAGGGGGCAUUGUGGCUGCUGUCCUGGUCAUGCUGAUUCUCCUUGGAGUCUUGAUCGCAGGCAUCUGGUUUGACUAUAGCCGAGGCUACUUUGACAGAACAAAGAAAGGGACCUCCAGCAAGAAGGUGAUCUACAGCCAGCCCACUGCUAGAAGUGAUGGCGAAUUCAAACAGACCUCGUCAUUCCUGGUGUGACCCUGGUCUGGCUCCCACCUGGUCCUGUGCUUGCCUUACUCCGGUGCUACUAGACUCUAACCCCUGGUGUCUGUAGUUUUCACAGGCCCUCCACUAGCAUCUCAGUUAGGAUGUGUUUUUUUAAUGAUGUCAGCUAUGUGCCCCUUCUCCCUGUACAUACUCUCUCUCAAUCCUGCUGCUGCCGAUUGGCCUGGGACUCUAGAAAAUUUGUAUUCCUCAUCCUAC